UUUUCCUAUUUUUCUUCCCAGAUCCAAGUAUUUUAGAACAUGCUCAAGAGGUGAGCACUUAACUAUAGAGUUUGAGAAUCUAGUAGAAAGUGAUGAAGGUGAAAGCCCAGGAAGCAGUCAUAGGCCUCUUACUGAGGAAGAAAUUGUUAACCUAAGAGAAAGGCAUUAUGAUUCUAUUGCUGAAAAACAGAAAGAUCUUGAUAUGAAAAUUCAAAAAGAGUUAGCCUUACAAGAAGAGAAGUUAAGACUAGAAGAAGAAGCUUUAUACGCUGCACAGCGUGAAGCAGCCAGGGCAGCAAAGCAGCGAAAGCUCUUGGAGCAAGAAAGGCAGAGAGUUGUACAGCGAUACCAUCCUUCAAACAACGGAGAAUAUCAAAGUUCAGGACCAGAAGAUGACUUUGAAUCUUGUUUAAGAAAUGUAAAGUCACAGUAUGAAGCCUUUCGAAGCAGUAGACUCUCAUCAGAUGCCACAGUUUUGACACCAAAUACAGAAAGCAGUUGUGAUUUAAUGACCAAAACUAAAUCAACUAGUGGAAAUGAUGACAGCACUUCUCUAGAUCUAGAGUGGGAAGAUGAAGAAGGAAUGAAUCGCAUGCUUCCGAUGAGAGAACGUUCCAAAACAGAGGAAGACAUUCUCCGAGCAGCACUUAAGUACAGCAGCAAGAAGACAGGAAGUAAUCCUACAUCAGCCUCUGAUGAUUCCAAUGGGCUGGAGUGGGAGAAUGAUUUUGUUAGCGCCGAAGUGGAUGAUAAUGGCAAUUCUGAGUAUUCCGGAUUUGUAAAUCCUGUGUUAGAACUGUCUGAUACUGGCAUAAAAUCUGAUGCAGAUCAACAGAAACGAUAAGGCAAAAUUGUGUGACCCUGUUUAUCAGUUGUGACCAAAUUUUAAAAACCAAGUAGAAUGUAUAAAUCGUUGUGCAGAGCCUUUUUGUAAGAGGGAGAUAGGAAACCAUAUUGUAAAUGCUUAUUAAAAGGAAUAGAAAUGGUAGGCUAUCUCUGAGUUGCUUCAGAAUUAAGUGCAAUUUCAUCAUCUGCCUUCUGCUUUUCAAAAACAAUUUAAUGGUUCUGUCAUGUUAUUAAAUUUAUUUUAAAUCAUCUUUAUAUCAUUCCUAUUUACCAUUUGUAGGUUUUCACUUAAAAGAAUAGUUUUAUCUUUACUUUCAAUGCUUUCGCAAGCCUAUUUCAGUAGCUCUCUGUGAAAAUAUUAAGGCAUUUUAUGUUAAUUCUCAGCAGAUGUGAAGGGAGCAGGAGGAGGGACUGCCAGAUCAGAUUUAUAAUAGAGUUCCCGUUUCCAGCAUUAUUUACUCCUACGGCUUAUUUAAAUUUUAUUAUCUAAUAGUAAGCACAAUUGAGUAGAUGACCCUAAAGAAAGGCUGAAGUAUCCAUUUCUCUCUACACUUACUGCGUAUCCUACUAUAAUAAUGUCCAUUCAGUCUGAACAAAGGAUAAUAUGUUACAAUAAGCUUUCAGAGUUAGGACACUUGAAGCUGGUAAUCAAAAGUAAUAUUGAAGAAAAAACAUAUAAUUAGGUUUUUCUCUUCCUUUUACAUGCUGCCAGUAUAAAUGAAUAUUGACUUUAAGUUAAUUGAUAUAUUAAAUUUCUAAGUGUCAUUUUUUUAAAAAUUCUAUAUUUCCAAUGAAUGAUCUUAGAAAGAUUUUACACAGGACAUAUUCUCUGUGCAUGAUUUAUUAAGAAAGGAAAACCUAAAAAGGCAAUACGGGUAUUUCAAAGUAAAAUCCUUUCCAGUGUGAAAGGAUCCAUUGAUUUUAUUAAGCUUUCCUUUGCCUUGUAAUACAAGGUGCUUUAAGGGGAUGGAACUAAUAAGCAUAUCAGUAUAUAUAAAUGCAUUUUGUUUUAUGCAUUGAGCUCUUUUUUCCCUAAAGUUUAUGUAUCAAUUUGAAAGGCCAACGAUAAUAAGCACUCCCUAAUUGCUUGUCUUAAUUUUGCUGAGGAUUGAGUAUGAUUUUAGGAAGCAUACUGUUUUCUGAUUUUUCCUUGGUGUGUUUUUUUUUUUUU